AUGCCUGCUGCAACCCAUUCUCUCGAGACCAUGGUCCUCCAAGCCCACCGCGCAAAAGGCAAAGAAUGCUUCAAGACCUGGUACUCUUACGCGCUUCGUCAGGGUGAAGUCACGAAGACUUCCCCGAAAGUUAUCGAGGAGCACGGAAAACAUCUCAAAGAGAUCAAGGAAGCGGCGCCAGGUGGGCGAACGUAUCUUUGA